AUGAGAAGGCCACAAAUGAAACAGAUGAGGAGAUACCAUCGCCUGACGCUGGGUCGUCCGUUGCCCAGGGAGACACCGUCGGCGUCUGUAGGGCUGGGGCUAGUUGUUCUCGAGCGCAGGCUGGCAUCUCUUCCCUCUCACUCCCUUCGCGUUCAUCUUCGCUUGUUUCUCCCUUCGCUCGUCUGCGUCCUGGUCCUCCUCUCGCUUCCGUCGCUGCUUCCACUUCCCAGCGCGAAGCCCCCGUGGAGAGGCCCUUUUCGCCUUGUUUAUCUUCUCUGUUGGGGUAUGUGGAGGCGGAGAAAGAGUUUCCUUUAG